CUCGGCUGCCUCGUGAUCAGGAAGUUAUGGAGGGAGACUAGCGCCUAGUAUUUGCGGAACCUGAAAACUUUCUUAAGCAGCAGUUGUUGUGCUGGCCUCCUAGGACAUUGAGCAGCUGGUCCUGUCACCUUCCAGAGACCCUGGGAGAAGGACAACAACAAGAAUGAGUGUGUCUCUGGUAAAUACACCACAGGGUCUGUUAACCUUCAAGGAUGUGGCCUUGUACUUCUCACUGGAGGAAUGGGAAUGUCUCAGUUUUGCUCAGAGGACACUGUACAAGGAUGUAAUGUUGGAGAAUUACAACAAUCUUUUGUUCGUGGAAAAUCAUUGCAUAUGUGGAAAGUAUAGGAAGGUCUUGGAUCAAGACAGCCAGUACAUUGUCCAUGAACACAUGAAUAUUCAAGAGAAGUCUUCUAAAUGGGACAAGCUUAGCAAGGUGAUUCUUGAAUCCCCCCAAUGUACACCUUACAAAACUUAUCACAGCUCUCUUCAAUACUCGAACCAAAAAAGACUUAAGCCCAGGAACACUAAAGAAGUUUGCAAAUACAAUGACUCUGUAAACAGUGUAAGUUUGUUUUCUACCAUUAGUCUCAAUCAAGGAAUCCACAUGCAGAAGAAAAAACACAACCGAAAUGCAGAAUUUGAGAAGGUUUUUGUUUCUAAACAUAAAGUCAUGGUGAAACGAAACAAUACUGGAGUGAACCCUUACAAAUGUAGUGAAUUUGACAAAUAUCUUACCCAGAGAGAAAAACUUCAAAGUCAGCAGAGAAUUUAUCAUGGAAAGAAACCUUACAAAAGUAGUAAAAGUGACAAAUGCUUUACCCAUCAGAUCCAUCUUAGUAUCCAUCAGGGAAUUCAUGCAGAAGAGAAAAUUUACAAAUGUAGUGAAUGUGACAAAUGCUUUACCCACAAAUCCCAUCUUAAUAUUCAUCAGAGAAUUCAUACAGGAGAGAACCCUUACAAAUGCAGUGAAUGUGACAAAUGUUUUAAACACAAAUUCAGUUUUAGUAUGCAUCAGAGAAUUCAUACAGGAGAGAAACCUUACAAAUGUAGUGAAUGUGACAAAUGCUUUAAUGAAAAAGGCAGCCUGAGAAUUCAUCAGAGAAUUCAUACAGGAGAGAAUCCUUACAAAUGUAGUGAAUGUGACAAAUGCUUUACCCACAAAUCCCAUCUUAAUAGUCAUCAGAGAAUUCAUACAGGAGAGAAACCUUACAAAUGUAGUGAAUGUGACAAAUGCUUUACUAAAAACGGCAGUCUGAGAAUUCAUCAGAGAAUUCAUACAGGAGAGAACCCUUACAAAUGCAGUGAAUGUGACAAAUGCUUUACCCAAAAAUCCGAUCUUAAUAUUCAUCAGAGAAUUCAUACAGGAGAGAAACCUUACAAAUGUAGUGAAUGUGACAAAUGCUUUACCCACAAAUCCCAUCUUAAUAGUCAUCAGAGAAUUCAUACAGGAGAGAAACCUUACAAAUGUAGUGAAUGUGACAAAUGCUUUACCCGAAAAUUCCAUCUUAGUAUUCAUCAGAGAAUUCAUACAGGAGAGAACCCUUACAAAUGCAGUGAAUGUGACAAAUGCUUUACCCAAAAAUCCGAUCUUAAUAUUCAUCAGAGAAUUCAUACAGGAGAGAAACCUUACAAAUGUAGUGAAUGUGACAAAUGCUUUACCCACAAAUCCCAUCUUAAUAGUCAUCAGAGAAUUCAUACAGGAGAGAAACCUUACAAAUGUAGUGAAUGUGACAAAUGCUUUACCCGAAAAUUCCAUCUUAGUAUUCAUCAGAGAAUUCAUACAGGAGAGAAACCUUACAAAUGUAGUGAAUGUGACAAAUGCUUUACCCGAAAAUUCCAUCUUAGUAUUCAUCAGAGAAUUCAUACAGGAGAGAACCCUUACAAAUGCAGUGAAUGUGACAAAUGCUUUACCCGAAAAUUCCAUCUUAGUAUUCAUCAGAGAAUUCAUACAGGAGAGAAACCUUACAAAUGUAGUGAAUGUGACAAAUGCUUUACCCGAAAAUUCCAUCUUAGUAUUCAUCAGAGAAUUCAUACAGGAGAGAACCCUUACAAAUGCAGUGAAUGUGACAAAUGCUUUACCCAAAAAUCCGAUCUUAAUAUUCAUCAGAGAAUUCAUACAGGAGAGAAACCUUACAAAUGUAGUGAAUGUGACAAAUGCUUUACCCACAAAUCCCAUCUUAAUAGUCAUCAGAGAAUUCAUACAGGAGAGAAACCUUACAAAUGUAGUGAAUGUGACAAAUGCUUUACCCGAAAAUUCCAUCUUAGUAUUCAUCAGAGAAUUCAUACAGGAGAGAACCCUUACAAAUGCAGUGAAUGUGACAAAUGCUUUACCCAAAAAUCCAAUCUUAAUAUUCAUCAGAGAAUUCAUACAGGAGAGAAACCUUAUAAAUGCAGUGAAUGUGACAAAUGCUUUAAUGAAAAAGGCAGCCUGAGAAUUCAUCAGAGAAUUCAUACAGGAGAGAAUCCUUACAAAUGCAGUGAAUGUGACAAAUGCUUUACCCGAAAAUUCCAUCUUAGUAUUCAUCAGAAAAUCCAUACAGGAGAGAAACCUUACAAAUAGUUUACAUGUGACAAAUACAAUACUCAUCAUGUCAGUCUGAGAAAUCAUCAGUUACUUCAUACAGUAGAGAAUCUUUAUAAAUGAAGUGAACGAGACAAUCCUUUACCAAAAUAUAUCAUCUUAUAAUUCAUUAGAGAAUACUUAGAGAAGACAAACUUUUCAAAUAUAUUGUAGGUAUGAAUCCUUUCCUUUUGGCCUAUUUCCUAGAAUAUAACAGUGAAUAUACUUACAGGCUAGAAACUUAACUCAUGCAUUGUAUGAAGAAAUAUCUUUGACUUCAUUUCAGGUCAGAGAAAACAUCUAAGAACUUUUUAAGGGAUACUAUUUCUGUUGGGAAAAAUGUGGCAUAUGUUUUAUUCACGGUGUAUUCUUGACAACACUUGAGGCUCCACUCUAGAGAAUUAGUAUGAUUAUGAAAAUCUUGUGAAAAUUUUCAUGCAAUGUUCAAAUCUUGAGUAAUGUCAACUAUUUAUGCUGGAGGACCUCUGUACAUGUGAAAAUGUAGAAAGCCUUUCAUGACACCUUUUACUUGUUCACCCUCAAAUGUUACAACAUGAAGAAAAGUGGGGAAGUCAGAAGAUAGUAUUGCAUAACACACUGAGAAAGAAAUAAUCCAUUUCAAAGAAAACUUAUUAAGGUCUUUAAUACAAUCCUCACAAUAUCUAAUAAAACUGGUAACAUUCUGUAUAUUUAAUUCACAUGAACUAAUUCAGAAAAAUUAUACUUAAAAGAGUAUCUGGCAAACUGAGCCACCCAGACAGCAUAUUCUUUAUCCUAUAAGUAUGCUUACAGAUGUUAAGUGUGCUUCGAGUAUCCAGAAAUCAUAAUUCUUCUCAAUUGCUUGUUUCACAUUAUAGGAUAACAACUGAGUAUGAGUCUCUUGUGAUCUGGUCAACCAUUCCUUUCCUAUUGUCCUGUAACUAACUCCAAUAAAGCUGAAAGUUUCAAC